AUGUCGUUACGAUCAGCAGUACAUCCAUUUGCAGACGACGUCCCGGGUCGACCCGAGACUACGGAUGGGAGACGGUUAUCCCCCAAUCUUCCGGGGCUUUCAGCAAGGGGUUCAGUGGUUUCCACAGUGGAAAAUGGACAGCUAAGUCCCCGCAGUUUAAGGCCUGUUGAAGACGAUGCAUGUUCGGAGAUAAUACGCAUUGAGCAACAAAGCUCGGAAGAAGAUAGGUUUUAUCAGACGACACUCGGUAAAGUUGUGAAAACCUUACAGACAAUCCAUACAUGGGCGACAGGGAAACGCCACAGCGAUGUGGACAGACGGCCAGACUCCUUCCUGGAGCGGUUUGCUAUGGGAGGCAGCUCAAUUAUUGACGAGGAGGGAAAAAUUGUCCAUAGGAGGAAAGAUUCAGAUUUUAGAAAUUUUAAAAAUUGGGUGAUAGAUCCUUCGGAGCCGCUGUAUUACAAGUGGUUAGCAAUCAUCUCCCUAUCCAUUCUAUACAACAUAGUAUUUAUUAUAGCCAGGGCGGUGUUUUGGGAGCUUCAAGAAAACUACGUGCCCCUGUGGCUGACGCUAGACUACCUCAGUGAUGCUGUGUACAUACUUGAUAUGGUGAUACAUUUCAGAACAGGUUAUCUUGAACAGGGACUUUUGGUUCGAGACCCUGCAAAAUUACGUCUGAACUACGUGAGGACCUGGGGGUUCAAGUUCGAUGUGGUCAGCAUACUGCCCACCGAUAUAUUCUACUUAUUCACCUCCAUUCACGCUACGUGGCUUCGAUUCAACAGAUUACUCAGGUUCUACCGCAUGAAAGAGUUCUUCGAUCGCACGGAAACGAGGACGAAUUUCCCGAACCUUUUUAGAAUUCUGAACCUUGUUCUGUAUAUUCUUAUCAUUAUCCAUUGGAAUGCCAACGUCUAUUUCUUGAUCAGUAUGGUGAUAGGUUUUGGAUCCGAUGAAUGGGUUUACCCUAAUAUUACCAUACCUAAAUUUCAACCACUAUCACGAAAAUAUGUGUAUAGUUUUUACUGGUCAACCCUGACUCUAACCACAAUUGGAGAAACACCCAAGCCCGAGAGAGACAGUGAAUAUAUUUUUGUUGUAGUGGAUUUUCUGAUUGGAGUCUUAAUUUUUGCCACCAUCGUGGGUAAUGUAGGAAGCAUGAUAACAAACAUGAACGCCAGUCGUGCCGAGUUUCAGCAGAAGAUGGACGGUGUUAAACAGUAUAUGGAGUUCAGAAAGGUCGGUAAAGAAUUGGAAAGGCGAGUCAUAAAAUGGUUCGAUUAUCUUUGGACCAACAAGCAAUCGUUGAACGAAGAAGCAAUAUUAUCGACUCUUCCUGAAAAACUAAAGGCUGAGAUUGCCAUACAUGUCCACCUAGAAACUCUUAAGCAAGUAAGUAUAUUUCAGGACUGUGAACCGGGCCUCUUGGCACAGUUGGUUCUCAAGUUGAAACUACAAGUCUUUAGCCCCGGGGAUUAUAUAUGUCGUAAAGGGGACAUAGGUAGGGAAAUGUACAUAGUCAAAAAGGGAAAGCUACACGUUGUCGGCGACGACAGCCAAACAAUUUACGCCACUUUAAGCGACGGCAGCGUUUUCGGGGAGGUCAGUAUUCUGAACAUUGCUGGGAACAAGACGGGCAAUAGAAGAACCGCUAACGUUCGCAGCGUCGGUUAUUCGGACCUUUUUUGUUUAUCUAAAGAUGACUUGUGGAACGCUUUACGGGAGUACCCAGAAGCGAAAAAAAUUCUCAUCGAAAGAGGACGUCAAAUUUUGAUGAAAGAUAACCUGUUAGAUGAGGAGGCUAUGAUUGAAGAGGAAAGAAAACAAGAAACUGUUGAAGAAAAAGUGGAAAGAGUAGACCUCGGACUUGAUAACUUGCAUACAAGAUUUGCUCGUUUGCUAGCAGAUUUUAACAGCACCCAGCAGCGGCUUAAACAACGAAUUACUAAACUGGAGAAGACUCUAUAUGACCAAGACGGUCAGAGCCCUAACGGCAAUACUGAAAGUGGAAACGAAGCCGACAUGGAAGGCUAAAUAGUCAAAUUGCUUUUUAAAACACUGCGUUUAUAAACGCUUGUUUUGUGCCUUCCCUCAACAUUACCAAUCUACCUCCUGAAAAGAUAAAACAUGAAGUGAGAUAAAUCAAAAGUUCCGUGUCUUUCUAAUUUCUACUUCG